AUGAAGCUGAUAGUCUUCAUAGCUGUGCUUUGUUUUAGCUACUUUGCAUUGCAAAAACCUUGUUCUUCCCUGCAAAUCCAGCUGCACUCAUCAAAUGGACAAGGAGCAGCAAAAGGAGUUCAGCUUUCUCCCCACACACUGCCAAGGAAGCUCAGAUUCACUGAGGAAGUAGCAGUUAAAGGAAAUGAAGCUCAACAAUCAAUUUCAAACACCAAGCUGAAAGAAGAUAUUUCAGGCAAAGCAUACCCGAAAGAGCGAGAAACAAAGCAUGGAAGUCGAGGCACAAGGCAAGAAUGGAUGGAGGGAGGGCCCGACAUUUCACAAUAUUUUACAACGGAUUAUUCCCAUGUAAGAAGACGAAGUCCCAUACAUAACAAGUCAUUGCUGCUUGGUCCUUGAAACCUGGGGGAGAUGAGAGUUCCUGCUGCCUGCUGCUUUCAUGUCCCCAAGAGUACAGAUCAAACUUUUAGGAUCACAAUUUUGUUAAC